AUGGAGGCAAAUGGAGAAAACAACGAACUUAGAUUAGCCAUUUCCUCUUUUGAAGAAAGUAAAAGAAAGCUCUAUGAAGCUUCAAAGAUUGGGUCCAUUCAAAGCUUGAAGACACUAAUUCGAGGUGACCCAAAUAUCAUACAAAGAGUUCUAAUCUCCUCUUCCAACGCUGAGAGUCCAUUGCAUGUCUCAGUUUUGCAUCACCACCUUGAAUUCACUCGAUUUCUUUUGAAUCUCGUGCCUGAACUUGCGGGAGAAGUUGAUGACCUGCAAAGGACACCUCUACACUUGGCUUCAGAAAAUGGAACGGUUGAGAUUGUUCAAGCUUUGCUGGAGAAGAACACAAGCACUUGCAUGGUACGUGAUUUGAAUGGGUGGAUUCCUCUCCACCAUGCCGUGAUCAAUGGAAGAAUUGAUAUCAUGCAACGGUUGAUCAUUGCGAGGUCAAGAUCUCCUUGGAUUAAGCUUCACAAUGGUCAAACUGUUCUUCAUUUAUGCGUAAAACACAACCACUUGGAAGCUCUUAAGUUUUUUAUCACAAUGAUUAAAGAUCCCCAAGACUAUGGAUUCCUCAACCAAGGCGAUGAGAAUGAAAAUACCAUUUUAGAUUUUUCUAUGAUAUUAAGACGAAUUGAGAUAGUACAAUAUUUAUUGUCUAUUCCGGGAAUAAAAACUGGAACAAAUAUGGCAAAGAACUGUGCUACCUCAAAUGAGAAGGAAUCACCAAGUAGAACUCAAGAACAAUGCGAUAAAAAGCUAUCGAUAUCACUUACAUUCAGAAAGUUUAUAAGAAGUUUAUGGAUGAAGAACCUUGAAUACAAAGGUGAUUGGUUUCAAGAUGUGCAAGGCACAAUGAUGCUGGUUGCAACGGUGAUUGCAACAGUGGCUUUUCAAGGUGCAAUCAACCCUCCCGGCGGUGUUUGGCAAGAAAACAUUCCUUUCAACUCCAAUAGCACUAUUCAUCGUUUGUUUCAUAGUAGCAAUACUUUGAAAACUUUUAUAGCAGGAACUGCCGUAAUGGCCUACCCAACUUCAGACCAAGGAAAUUCAUACACUGGUUACUUGGUUACAAAUUCUAUCUCAUUCUUUGCAUCAAUAUGUGUGAUUAUGUUCAUCAUAGGUCGAUUGCCUUUGAAAAAUAGGAUUUGUGCAUGGAUGUUAACGGUAACCAUGUGCAUUGCCAUUGCCUCCUUAUCACAAAGCUACUUGAUGGGAGUUUGGAUGGUAAAUGUCUCAUAUAGAAAGUCUGAUGCUUUAAAAAUUGCAUGGUACAUUUCGCUUGCAACGGUGGGAGCGGUUUUUCUUUGUUGUAUUAUGAUUCCCUUCCUUCUUUUGGUGGUGAAGCUUCUCGUUUGGGCAGUAAAAAGGUCAAAACUUUGA